AUGACGAUCACCGCGAGCCACUCCACCGUACAUCAUAGUUCCCUUGGGCAUCCCAAAGUCCCGUCAAUUCAGAAGGAUGGAGGACCAACUCCCGCAGAGACUCUAGCUACUUACUACGACUUCCCCAGUGAGGACCAGGCUCGCUGGUGGGAAGAUACGGGCCCACUGUUCAACCGCAUGCUCGAAGCCGGACAGUAUGACCUGCACCGACAGUAUCAGUUUCUGUCCUUCUUCAUCCAUCACCUGCUACCGGCUCUCGGACCCUACCCUCAGAGAUGGCGCAGCACCAUCUCACGUAGUGGCCUGCCCAUUGAGUUCAGUCUCAACUUCCAGAAAGGUUCCCACCGACUGGUGCGCAUCGGAUUCGAGCCUGUCAGUUUCCUAUCCGGCACAUCACGAGAUCCGUUCAACGGAAUUCCGGUAGGCGACCUUCUCAGGCAGCUAGUGAGGCUCCCUCUACGGGACUUCGACACACAAUUGUUCCAGCGGCUGCUCGGUGACUGCCACCUGUCCCCAAGAGAAGUUCAUCAAGUCCAAGAGCUGUUGAAAAUCCCGGAUGCCAAUCCAUUGAAGUCGCAGGGAGCGUUCGGCUUCGACUUUCUUCCCGACGGCGCCAUCUUGGUCAAGGGCUACGUGUUUCCGAAUCUGAAGGCCCAGGCCAUGGGCGUGCCCAUCGGUGACCUCGUCGCCAACACAGUUCGAGCCCUGGAUGCCGAGCGCAACCAGUUCCUCCCCGCCUUCUCUCUUGUGCAUGAUUACAUGCAGGAAAGCACAGGCUAUAACCAGUAUACUUUUCUUUCCUGCGAUUGUGUCGACAUGUCGCGGCAACGUCUGAAACUCUACGGCGCUCAUACAGAGGUGACCUGGCCCAAGAUCGCCGAAAUGUUCACCCUGGGCGGACGCCUUAUCGACGAGCCCGAGAUCAUGACCGGAUUGGAUCAUUUGAGAGAGCUCUGGACCCUGUUGCGCAUCGGCGAAGGUACCCGUGCCUUCAGCGGCGGGUUUGAUCAUAGUCAGGAAACCGCUGCCAGCCAAAUCUUGUCCCCAAUGAUUUGGAACUACGAAAUUCACCCCGGCGGUCGUUUCCCUGUGCCCAAAUUCUAUCUCCCCGUUCACGGCGAGAACGAUCGAUUCGUGGCCGAGGCACUGUCCCGAUUCUGGGACUCCCUGGGCUGGUCGGAACAUUUCCGGUCAUACUUGAAAACUGUGGAGGAACUUUACCCCGAGCAAGACAUUUCCCAGACCUCUCGCCUGCAGUCGUGGGUAUCAUAUUCCUACACGGAGAAGAAGGGUGUCUACAUGAGCAUCUACUUCCAUUCUCAGUCGACCUACCUUUGGGAGGCAGGUGAAUCGUAA